GGGCGUGGGGUCGGAGGACGCCAGACGCCAUCGCGGAGCGAGACGCGGCGGGUGAUUAUCUUUUCUUCGUGAACUUCAUUUCGUUUUCAUUAGCAAGAAGAGGGUCGUCUUUCUGUGCCUAGCACAGCCAUGGCUCGUGGUCCCAAGAAGCAUCUGAAGCGUGUAGCAGCUCCAAAGCAUUGGAUGCUGGACAAACUGACUGGUGUGUUUGCUCCUCGUCCAUCGACCGGUCCCCACAAGCUGAGAGAAUGUCUCCCUCUCAUCAUUUUCUUAAGGAACAGGCUUAAGUACGCGCUAACAGGGGACGAAGUAAAGAAGAUCUGCAUGCAGCGGUUCAUUAAGAUCGAUGGCAAGGUCCGAACCGAUAUAACCUACCCCGCGGGCUUUAUGGAUGUGAUCAGCAUCGACAAGACCAGAGAGAAUUUCCGCCUGGUCUAUGACACCAAGGGUCGCUUUGCUGUUCAUCGUAUUUCCCCUGAGGAGGCCAAAUACAAGUUGUGCAAAGUGAGGAAGAUCUUUGUGGGCACAAAAGGAAUCCCUCACCUAGUGACCCACGAUGCUCGCACCAUCCGCUACCCUGAUCCCCUCAUCAAGGUCAACGACACCAUUCAGAUUAAUUUGGAGACUGGCAAAAUUACUGAUUUCAUCAAGUUUGACACCGGUAACCUGUGUAUGGUGACCGGAGGUGCUAACCUGGGAAGAAUUGGCGUGAUCACCAACAGAGAGAAGCACCCUGGUUCUUUUGACGUAGUUCAUGUGAAAGAUGCCAACGGCAACAGCUUCGCCACCAGGCUCUCCAACAUCUUCGUUAUCGGCAAAGGCAACAGAUCGUGGAUUUCCCUUCCCCGUGGAAAGGGCAUCCGCCUCACCAUCGCUGAAGAGAGAGAUAAGAGGCUGGCGGCCAAACAGUGGGCGAAGUGAGCCUAGGUGGCUUGAGUAGAAGAAUCUUUGUACAAUUAAAGAUAAUUCAGCAUGAAAAGAAGAUGAUGGGGGGAAUGCACAUGCUCACUAACGCACUAAUGAUCCAUAACCUAAAUUCCCCUCCCUUUUCCUGUGGGACUUCAUAGCUAAAUGAGUGUGAGAGUCCCUUCCCUUACAGUCAUUCUCACUCAGCCUCCCUUUUUUUAUACACUCCAGGGUUAGUUAAUUGCACUUUUAAGUUUGUAACCAGCUAUCUGCUCCUGCAAAACUCUUUUUUUUAUUUGGUUAUUCCCUUUUAGUCACGUCUUCCUUCGUAUCUCAUAGCUGCAUAGACAGUUUUCUACAUAUAUUUAAGUUUGUAGGUUUGUUGCAAAGUAAGUUUUGUUUUGAAUGUUUAUGUAAUUGCAGUUGAAGUGUUAUAGAUUUUAGUUACUGUAUUAAUAUUCGUUUAUUAAAUGUAACUGGUUCCAGGUACAUGGGAACUCUACUAUCUUAACAGUUUUUCUGUAGAUGUAAAAUUAUUUUAAAAAAUAAAGCUUAUUAAAAAAUACAUGUGUGCAAAGAUGAGAGGUCUGUGAUAAAAAUAUGCUAUUUAAACUGGUGAGUUAGUGUAUUUUAUCACCUUUUAUAUUGAAGCUAAAAUGGGGAAUAAAAUGUGACAUAUAUCUUUCUUAGUUUUAAAAAUCCCAAUAACUCUUAUGUUA